AUGCUUCUCUCACCCAACUCGUCGUCAACCCCAUCUCACGACGAGGCCGACGUGCCAGAGGACUUGGAUGAACCCCCCGAUCACCACCUCAUACACUCAUCACAUAUUCACCACGAAGACGCCGUCGUCUUCGCCCCAAUGGUUAACAAGAAGGAAUCACUUCUCACUCGCGCUUUGAAGAGUAGUCCGGAAAUGUCCCCAACCGAACCACACCCAUCCCUCCACGACUCCAUCUACACAAACCGCUCCUACCCUUUUAGUAACAUCAGUGGUGUUUCUACGGCUGAGCUUACCAGCGAUGGUGGCAUGACCAGUCCCUCCCUGUCGAACACUCCCAGCCCUCCCCUUCCCCCUCAGAUGAUGGCCAAACACAUCUCUUUUAGAAGAGAAGUCACCGUUUCUCCCAAAAUCCAGGUCGGCACAACCGGUGAGACGACUGUCGAGGCCAACUUGGGACGUAAGCGUUGCAUCAGCUUCGCUUGUGGUCGCAAGACCAACGAUGCCGUAGCACGAAAACCCUCCGUCGCGUCUAUUACCACACCUAAUUCCGCCAAAGAAAGCCCCCAAUCCGUUACGCGCAAAUCUACUCUCACCUUCGUAUGCCCCGGUCGUCAGCCCGCAAUUCAAAGAGAGCGUUCUCCCACACGGAAGAACGUGUUCCGUUCGCGGUGCCGCGGCUCCCCUGCCCCUGUUGCGCGCAAAACCUCUCUUACCGCAGAAGUCUCGGAGAAGAGCAAGCAGAAGGUUCUGGGCAUCACUACGAGUGGACUGGGUAAAUUUGAAGUCUCCGAGGCCACUCGCUUCCACGAGUUCGCUAGCUCUUUGGACGAGGACGAUGAGUGGGUCAAGACGUCAAGAACGGAUUUCGCCGAGAAAAUCACUCUUAAUGACUGUAUGAAGAAAGAGAACGCAAUCCGACGUCUUGGCGAAGAGGCGGAGGAAGAGGCGCAAGAGGAAGAAGAUGAGAUUGAAGACAUUGCGGACGAUGAUUCCACCGUUCACGAUUUUUCUUCCGACGACGGCAACGAGUCCGACAAUGAGGAGGGAUUUGCAGAAUCGGAUAAUGACGACGAUGGCUCCGAUUACGAGUGGUGGGCUCCAUCAGCCAAUGUAUCCGAUUCCAACAUCCCAGCCAUUGACAUCGCGGCUCCAGCCAUAGGACGUCGUGCUUCCAAUACCUCCGUCGACUCGAUGACUGAUGACCAUACCCAUUGGCUACCGGCACCGGUUCGAAGGAUACCUGGCUUUGGUUUCGGCCGUCGCAUUUCCAACUCUAAGCCGAUCAAGAUGCGCCCGCGGACCCCAAAGUUGCCCGACAGCACGGACUUUGUAUGUGGAACUCUGGACGAGGAUCGUCCUCUCGAGGCUGCCUAUAAGUCGUGUCUGGAGCAACGGCGUCUGUCGAGGCACGUCUUGAUCCCACAGGACAUCGACCCCAGCUUCCCAACCAGUGAUCCUGAGAACGAGGAAGAUAUCGAGGAUCUCUCUGAAGAAGAUACCUCUGAUUCAGAGCCCGCUCGUGGUCGCGCGGAGGUACCAGUACACAAAGCAUCCCCCCUUAACUCGCCCAAGCGCCUGGUCUCUCCCCCUCCGCCAGGUCGUAGGAAUGGCCGUACGUCGCCGAAGCGACUCAAGUCUCCUCCCCCUCGUCCUCGGGCCAAGUCCCCGUCUCCCAAGAAGUGGAACUUUUCGGAGGAUAUGCCCGUGGUUGAGUCGACUCAAGGGGUGAACAUUAGUCAUCUAGUUCAACGACACCCCUUGAUCCGCACCAAGUCGCUACCUCGGACUCCGAACCCAUUCUUCACAAGCUUGGACAAGUCGCACCGGUGGGUUGGAAUCCCACCAUUGACUGAGUCACCGGAGCGGGAACAUUCCCGCACACGCGAGCUACACACUCGAGGACCCAUCGACAUAGUUGAGGGUCUCGAAAAGAAGCGCCAGAAACGCAAAGAAAAGUUCUGGCGCCAACACUGCCGCAAAGCUGCCAAAGAGCAGCUGGAGCGGCGGCCGAUUCCCGGCAAGGGAGCCGAACGGAUGAAGGAGCUUGGCCUCGAAGUUGCAGAGAGGUGCAGAGCUUAUGGUGUCGGUGAAGAUACCCAGCUCGUCCUAUCCGUUUAA